GAUCUUUGCUGAGACAAUUUGAAGCAAAAUGUAUCCAGUCCGUUGGCUCUUUGCAGUACUCCUGACAGCUGGUGCCACUGAGCUUUGCUGUGGCGGACCUCUGCAUGCCCAGUGCAGUGUAGAAUGGUACUUUGCGAUCCCGUGCCAAGACGUUUAUGAAUCUCUGGUCUCACAGAUUAAGAAGUGGAGAACCAUGGCUGGCUGCAGCAUGGGGGGACAGAGGUGCCUGUACACGCUGCAAUCAGCCUCUGUACACUUCAUAGCAGCCAAACACACCACUCCCUUUAAGAAGUAUGUGGACAACAUAAACUUCAGGCUGGCCUCCUAUCACUUCUUCACUUGCUGUCACGUUUCGGCCAUGUCCAUCUCUGAGACCUGGUAUGCCAUUAAAGACCAUGGCACCAACUACUGCAACCUCUACAACCUCAUGGAAGGAAGUGGUCUAACUGAAGUUGAAGGUUAUAGAGAGAUCACCAGUGACUUCCUCUGCACCCAACGGUCCACUGCUAACUGCACUGUCUACUGACUGAAUAUUGGUGGUGACCACAGACCAUUAUGGUACAUCAAGAGUAAUCACUUACAAUUUAGAAUUUUUG